AUGGCAAUGGAUCCAACACGUAUCGCAGGCGAAAUCAUCAGACUUUCGGGUAUCACAUCAAAACUUUCUGAUCCACAAGACAUAUGUCUGCUGCCAGAUAAUCGAGUGGCUAUAGCCGAUCAAGACUGUGGUGUGUUCAUUGUUGAUAAGAGUGGUCACUUGCUAAAGAGUUUUGAUCAGCUGGUUGGAUCAGCAUCGCUCUGCUACAGCGAAGUACUCAAUCGACUGGCCGUGGUUCGAUCAAAUGAGGAUGUUGACGCUGAAGAUAGCAGAUAUCAGAUUUGUGUGAUCGGUUCGGAUUUGGAGCUUGAAACAGAACGGAUCAAAAUACCGAACAUACCGGACGUGAAAGAAGGCUAUACGAGAUGGAUUAUUGCCGAACCUGAGUCGGGUAAUUUUCUGGUAACGACUGGUGAUAGUUCAACGGCGGUGAUUUGGAUGUGGAAUGUGAAAACGUGCGUAUGA